AUGAGCCAAACGCUAGUAUCUUCCCUCGCCCAGAGCACCAUGGACCUCCACGCGGAUCUCGUGAGCAGAUAUAAACGACACCACGCUGCCGUCGAAAAGGCAUGGCGCUCAUUCGACAAACAACAGCGUGCCAAGUGCAUGAAGGCAGGAGCAGCUGAGGGCGUUGUUCUCAAGCAUGCUCUAGACCACACUCUCGGCAAUGUGAACAAGAUUAUCCCCGAGUGGAACCUUCGAGACGUUUGCGAGGAUCCAGAACACGCCCUAGCUAUCCUCAAACAUCGGGCUACGAAUACCUUGAUGACGCAGUACGCCAUUGGCCACGACGGCGGCCUCGGGGACAAGAAUCUCAUCCAUAAAAUGAUGGUGACCCUGGAGCGAGGAUUGUGUAUUCGUGAGGAUAUGGGCAAUUUUGUCCUCCAGAGGCAGAUGACCCUAAUUCAAGUGCUCGUCAUCCUCAUCGAUGACAUUCUCGAAGAGGGCUCAGAGACGAGGGACAAGAGCGCCAUCAAGUCUAAGCCUGACAAGGCUGCUGCUGCGGCCUUCUCUCGUCUUACCGUGUCCGAGCCGCAGGCCAAAGUCUCCCUUCCUGCCCUUGUCGAAAAUUCGCGAGACCAAAAGGAGUCUCUCGAAGAAUACCUCCGCCUGCUCACCGAGGAGCCGGUCGUACUUACGCAUGCCGUCAACAAUUGGUUUUAUAGCCGAACGGAACUUCUGCCUGACGAAAAGGGCCGCCGUCUCCCAGUCCACGGGGACAAGUAUAUCAGUGGCGCCGUCCUCGAUGCUCUCCGAAACACUGUUCAGGGCGUGGCGAUCUGGGAGUAUAUCACGGGGGCGAUGGAGUUGUUUGCCAAGCCAGGGCAUGACAAGGCCUAUCGUGCGAUGCUGCUCCAAGAGCUGUCAAAUGUAUGCCAGAUGGAGUACGAGCGCACACAAGCCGUAUUCAAGCGCCAGGUCCAGACUGCUUCUGGUGACAAGUAUAUCAAACGCGUAUCCAAUGCCUACGAUAAGGCUGGCAACGCAAAAGUGUCUAUGAAGGGCAAACCCGAAGAUUUUACCCUGUCUGAUCCGCAGCUGAUGUACAUCUUGCGGCUUUGCCAGCCCGAAACCAACGUUGUCAAGGCGUAUGACUGGGUGAAAAAGCUGGGCGAGCUCCACGCCACCUAUCCCGAAGAGAGCGAAAAGAUGGAGGAGAGAGAAGCCGAGGCCUUGUAUGACCUGAUGAUCAUUGUGUCUUUUGUCCACGAUUUAUCCACCGUGGUCACCUUGCCAUCCGUGUCCAAGAAGACCGGCCAACGCUUUAUUUCUGAAGAUUUAAAGCUUCAGACUGAACUCAAUAAGACGCCAGAGGCGGUAGUUGAGACUCGGAAGCAAAAGGAAAAGGUCAAGACACGCCCUCCCCAUUCUUCGGUAUAUAAUAUCGCUCCAGCUACUGCGAGCGACGACGAGGAGGUGGAUGCCCCUUCGGGAAAGAUCAAGGUCAAUUCGUCCACCUAUGACGUCUUCUCCUCGCUCUUUACCAAGGACAAGUCCCGAGGCUCCGUUAAUUGGACGUCUUUCGAAGGCGCCAUGGCGAGCUUGGGAUUCUCUGUGCUGCCAAAAUUUGGGUCCAUCUAUACAUUUAGCCCUCCAGAGUCAAUGGGCGUCAAGAGAUCGAUUACUAUCCACCGCCCUCAUCAGUCCCGCAUCGAGGGGUACUUGGUGCCCAUCUUUGCCAGGCGCCUGAAGAGAGUUUUCGGAUGGGGCCAAGAUACUUUCGAGGUUGCUUAG